AUGGCAGUGAACAAGUUGGAGCUGUUGGGCCCAUGGAACUGCACACAUACUACAUGGCGUGCGCCGCAUGGACACAGCGAACAUUGCAUCGACUUUGUCACGGUCCCAGCUGUCUACAAGGACCAAUGCACGUUGUCGAAGGUUGUUGAGGAUUUUGACCUUCACAAUGGGGACGGUGACCACUCUUUGGUCGCUUUGCAACUGGCAUGGUCAAUAUUUUCCACCGCCACUACCACCGCAAGUGCUUUUCAUGCAAAGAUCAAUUUUGAUCGCAGCAAGAUCAAGCGUGAUUGCAUUCUCGAUGGUGUUGCGGCAGUUCCAGCACCCGCAUGGCAUACUGAUGUUCAUACCCAUUUUCAUGUUUAUAACCAAGCCCUUCGAGAUUGCUUGACCAAGCAUUGCCCCAAGAGCCGCAGUAGCCCGAAAAAGUCCUUCAUCACGAAGGAAAUUUGGGACAUUCGCAAGCGCAAACUGGCGUGCAAGAAGCAAUUGCGAGCGCUUGGACGCAGAACCAAGCAGGAGACUUUGUCUGCAUUUUUCCAAGCAUGGGCAAGGGGUUUGAAGGAACAGGAAAAUGACCAUGCAGAAAGCUACCAACACUACAUGGUCACCAUUUCAUGUUGGCGUCUCAAGCUUGGUAUCAAAGCAAUUCACUUGGCCGCCCAUAUGAAGCAGCAGCUCCAAACCGCCAGAAAGUAUGCCCUUUCAGCAUCAUUGCAAGAGCUCCCAGACUCGGCAUCAGCCAAUUUGAUCUUGCAGACAAUCAAAGAGCACAUUGGGCCCACCAACUUGCGUCACCUUAAACGCAAGACAAUCCGUCAGACACAAGCAGAUUUGCUGGAGAAGUACAUGAUGAGAUCCCAGCUUGGUGGCAAGCGGCAUGUGCCGGUUACACUUGGCUUGCAUGAGGCCCGCGCAUACCUGAGAGCUGCUGCUGCAGAUGGGCACUCUGCAGUCCUGCUGAUGGUUGAUCUGGUUGAAGCCUUUUAUCGAGUCUUGCGGCCGUUGGCACUGGGCAAUGAGUACAGUGAUGAAGAGAUCGCGAAACUUGCUCACAAGCUGCGUUUACCUGAUGAUGCCCUGCACCAGCUAUAUGCACAUCUGGCGGACCCAUCUGCGAUUGCCAAGGCUGGCAUGACUAUGACAGCACAACAGGUCUUGCAAGCGAUUCAUUCCGAUACCUUUUCCCAAAUGCCUGGGCAGAUUGACAUUUGCCGAACGACUGUCGGCACAAGACCGGGUGAUUCGUUUGCGGAUGUGGUUUUCACCUUCCUCUUUUCCCGAGUUUUGGAGAACUUCCACAAAAGACUGCAGCAGCAAGAAUUGCAAGAAUAUGUCCAGAUUGACCCGCAAUUUGAUCCUUUUCGGCGUUUUUGUCCUGAUGAAGGUGCAUGGGAGAUCUACUCAGGUCCUGUUUGGAUGGAUGACCUUACAGUGGUCUUGAGAGCGGACAAUGCCGACGCUGCGAUUCAGAAAGCGGGUGUGGUGUCGUCCAUCUUGCUUGACACCCUUGAAGAGCACGCCAUGACGCCGAACUUGCAAAAAGGUAAAACAGCGCUCCUCUUCGCUCUGAAGGGAAGGGGUUGCAGAAAGAGGAAAUCCCAGUUCUUCGGGCCGAAUAGCCCAGGAACCAUGACAGUCAUUGGAGAGCACAGCACUCGACAAAUUUCUGUCGUUGGCGAAUAUGUUCAUCUUGGAGGUGUCCUCCAUCAUCGAGGAGAUCAUCGCAAAGAAAUGAGAAGGAGAGUCGCCAUGGCUCAUCAAACCUUCAAUGCUCAUAGACGCCAUAUUUUCCAAAACGCAGUGAUACCACUGGAUCGACGGGUACAACUCUUCCAGUCAUUAGUGCUCAGCCGUCUGCUUUACGGGAGUGAAUCGUGGCAUCUUUGUGAUGUGAAAUCCAAAGGGUUCUUGCACACCUCCAUUAUCAAGCUCUACAAGAGAUUGCUGAAGCUGCAGCCUGCAGCCACAUGGACUGAUGACGAGAUUUGUGUGGCACUCCAGCUGCCCACACCCACUGAACUCCUUCGAAGAGUGCGUUUGCGAUAUCUAGGGACGCUGCAUCAGUGUGAAGACACGGUCUCAUGGAGGAUCCUCCACAACGACAAAGAAUGGUGCACUUUGAUCGUGGAUGAUUUGCAAUGGCUCUGGCGACAGAUUUGCACUUGCACGUACCUCCCUGAUCCAGCGUCAAAUUUGGAACCAUGGCGUUAUCUAUGGCGAUUCCACCAGCCUUACUGGAAGGGACUGAUUCGACGCGCUUUUCUUCAUGCAGCGCUUCAGCGACAAAAUCAACUCCUUGUGCGGCAGAAUUUUGUGGCUUUUUUGCAUGUAUUGAAAGAGGAGCAGGUCAUUCGUGGACAGAUCUCAGAGCCCCGUGUUUGUGGUGCACAGAACUCAACAGUGGUUUAUGGCUGUCUUUGCUGCAAAAAGGCUUUUCGGAGUCGAGGACAUGGCCCAAGUUUGCCUGAUGAUCGUUUGAGGGAAGUUGAGCUCUUUGACAUUGAACUGUAUGCGAAGGUUACUGAACUCUUUUUACAAAGCGAUCCAGAGACCCACGCGCAAGAGCUCUUUGAUCUCCUCACAACCCAGCCCAUUUCAUGGACGGCGUGUUGCGGUACACUGCGAGCCAUACAGACCAAUGCGACUGUUGACGAUGCGAAAGCUUUUGGGUAUGACCAGCUGCAGCAAUUUCUUUCUUUUCUUGAUGGUUUUUGUGACCCCAAGACAUGGGAAUUUCUGCUGACGCACACCCAACAUGAUCACCAACCAGACAUUGAAGAGCUGGAACAGGAGUUAGCCUAUGCGGAGGUUUUGGAGAGUGCUCCGCGUCCAGCAGCCUUCGGUGCGCAUCGCCUCGCAAUGGUGGCAGGAUAUGGCCCGCAUAUCGGACCUGACUAUGCAGGAUGA